AUGACCAACCAACUGGCAGUCACCUGCAAGAUAGGGAAAGGGGAGAAAAAUAUGACAGCCUUCUGCGGCACAUUGGUGGCACAAAGGGCCAUGGUGUAUGCACAUACACACAGACGACGGGGUGGCUUUUACCUUUUUGGCAUUACGAGACACCGAAGCACAGCAUCAUCCCCCCUUCCCCCCGUAACGUCCUUCAGUAAGGUGGGUAUUAGGCCAGAGCGUCGUCUAGCCGCCAGGAGCCAUGGAAGACGGCAUGCGGCUUUCCCCCUUUAUGCGGGGACGCCGUUUGGUUUCCCUGUUGGCUGCGCGUGCCUGUUGGUUCAUGGGUAUCAUGGCGAGGCUGCGGCCUGGCAAACGUGA